AUGCAUCUGCCGCCACUCGACUUCCAGUCCUCCCUCCCGCUCGUCACAAUGAGCCGUCACUCCUUUCAUCCCGCUGUCAGCAGCCUCAGUCCUGCUGCCGUUCUCUACGCCACUUCUAGCCGUCCCCAGUCGCCGGCUCCGGACGUGCCUGGCAUCCAGAAGUUGCUCCGCGAUCACUUCCGCUCCUCCCGCACAUGUCUUCAGCAGAUUGAGCGGAUACAAGCCGGUCUGCACCGUCUUUACCUCCUCCACCUCACAGACGGUUCCAGGCUGGUGUUGAAGUGCCCUCCGGCCGCUAGCACGCGCCUGCUCCGCUCCGAGCACCUGUCACUUGUCACUGAAGCCCACAUCCUCGAACUGCUUGCCAACUCCAGCCCUCGUGGCCACCUCCCCAUCCCCAGCCUUCUCUGUGCCGAUACCAGCCCCGACGCUGAGCCUCUCGGAUGCAGUUAUGUGCUCCGCACCCACGUCCACGGCAUUUCUCUGGCACACAUUCGACCGCACCUAAACCGCACCGACCUCGCUCAGAUUGACCACGCUCUCGGAAGCUGCCUAAAGAGCCUGGCAUCUCUGAGAGCACCAGCCUUUGGUCCGGCCUUGGCGGUAGCGGCUGGGAGAGGCAGCGGCUCCUGGCGAGAAGCUUUUCUUCUGCUACUCGAGGCCGUGCUGCGGGACGCCGAGGAUAUGCUCAUCGCGCUGCCCUAUGACUUCAUCCGCUCCCUUGUGCAAGCCCAGCAAGCGACCUUGGACGGGGUGCGGACACCGGUGCUGGUGGCCAUGGAUGCUGGAAGAGCCGGUAACGUACAGGUGGACGAGGUGAGACGGUGUGUCAGUGGCUUGGUUGGCUGGGGCAACAGCGUCUGGGGAGAUGCUCUCCUGGCGGGCGUGUGCUGGGGCUACUCGGCGGAUCAGACCGAUGAAAGCAACAGGAUGUUCUGGCAAGGUUUCGGUGGCUGUGGCGGGUCAGAAGCGGAGGUCGUCAGGAUGAAGAUCUAUGCAGUGUACAAAGCGGUUGUCGCCGUUGUCACUCAGUACUACCGGCCGGCCCAGCUGGAUCACGAAGAGCUGGAGGCCAGGAGAGCGCUCACUCGCGCACUGAACGACUUGCGGGAGACCGUAUAG